AUGAUUCAAGUUAAAACUUAUGGGGUUACACCACCCAUUUCCCUAGAAGCAUCAACAGAUGCGGAAACCUCUCUCAAUACCUCCAUGAUCAGUGAGUUAAAGAAACAGGGAUCUUUUGAAAGUGAAGAGGCCACCAAAAAAAGAUACGAGGUGUUGAAGACUUUCCAAAAAUUGGCCCUGACGUUUGUCUACAACGUGUCAAUUAAAAAAAACAUGUCCGAAGGUAUGGCCAAGGAUGCCGGUGGGAAGAUUUUUACUUUCGGUUCGUACAGAUUGGGGGUUUAUGGUCCAGGAUCCGAUAUUGAUACUUUGAUAGUCGUGCCAAAACAUGUCACCAGGGAGGAUUUCUUCACCGUGUUUGCGGAUAUGUUAAGAAAACAAGAGGAUUUGGAUGAACUCGUGGUUGUAUCUGAAGCGUACGUGCCCGUCAUCAAAUUCAAAUAUAGUGGGAUUUCCAUUGAUAUGCUUUGUGCUAGAUUGGAUGUCAACCAGGUUCCUUUGAGUUUGAGUUUACUCGAUAAGAAUCUAUUAAGAAAUAUCGAUGAAAAGGAUAUUAGAGCUCUCAAUGGUACAAGAGUCACCGACGAGAUCUUACAGCUAGUACCGAAACCUAUGGCUUUCAAAUAUGCGUUAAGAACCAUCAAGUUAUGGGCUCAGAGAAGAGCGGUUUACGGUAACGUAUUUGGGUUUCCUGGGGGGGUUGCUUGGGCAAUGUUGGUGGCUAGAAUCUGUCAAUUGUACCCAAAUGCCUGCAGUGCGGUUAUUGUUAUCAAAUUCUUUCAUAUUCUUAAUCAAUGGAGUUGGCCUCAGCCGGUUUUGUUGAAACAAAUUGAAGAUGGGCCUCUACAAGUGAGAGUGUGGAAUCCACGGCUAUACGCUCAGGAUAGACAGCAUAAGAUGCCAGUGAUUACCCCAGCUUAUCCAUCGAUGUGUGCCACCCAUAAUAUCACCACCUCUACCAUGAAGGUGAUUUUGUCGGAAUUUCAAAGAGGCAGUGAGUUUGUUACCGAUAUAUCUUUAGGAAAAAAGCCAUGGUCUUCAUUGUUUGAGAGACACAAAUUUUUCCACAAUUAUAAGUCAUACUUGGCGGUCACUGCGGCAACCAAGGGUAGUGAAGAAGAAGCGUUGAAAUGGAGUGGGUGGAUUGAAUCAAGACUUCGAUUCUUAGUGCAAAAAUUGGAGGUCCAUGAUGCUAUAAGCUUGGCCCAUCCAUACGUCAAAUAUUUUGAACAUAGUUUCAUAAUACCUAGUGAUGAUAUCGAAGGUCGCAGGGAACUUCUAGCCUCAUUUGGUACGUUGAAAGGUGAAGAACUAAUGAAAAAGUACACUGAGAUCACCGAUGAAAAUAAGAAUUCUGAAGAAACGAAAAAACUUAUAGAAGACGAGUCUAAUGUGGCUGUCCAUAUAACAUCGCUUUACAUUGGUUUGCAAUUGCAAUCGAAUAGUAACGGUGAGGGGAAAAAGGUUGAUAUUCAUAUGAUUUGUAAAGACUUCUUAUCAUUCUGCCAACAGCUUGAAACUUAUGACGAGAAAUUCAACGACUUGCAAAUAAAAGGGGUUAGAUUAUAUGAUUUACCAGACUUUGUUUAUUCUGAGGAUGAAGAAAGACCAGUGAAGCAAAGCAAAGGGAAAAAGAGAAAGAGCGAUAAGAACGCAAAGAAGAUUAAGAAGGUUAAGAGUAAUGAGGUAAACGGUGCUACUGGAUCGGAAGGUGGUGAAACGUCCAAUCACAAUGACGAAACCGCUGCUGCUUCAAGUUGA